CUCGCGAGGUUUCGUCGGGGGCUGGCGGCUGCGGUUCGGCGGAGAGUGCGGGAUGCGCUCGGAAAAGGAGGGGGCCGGAGGCCCUAGGGCGGCCGUUGCCGCGCGGGGCCCGAGCGGGAGGGAGAAGCUGUCGGUCCUAGAAGUGCAGUUCCACCGCGCCUCGCAGCAGCAGGAGGCUGAAACGCCGCCAACCUCGUCCUCCGGUUGCGGGGGCGGUGCGGGCAAACCUCGCGAGGAGAAGAGGACGGCCCUGAGCAAGGUGGUCAUCCGCCGCCUGCCUCCGGGCCUCACCAAGGAGCAGCUGGAGGAGCAGCUGCGCCCGCUGCCAGCACACGACUACUUCGAGUUCUUCGCCGCCGACCUGAGUCUUUAUCCUCAUCUCUACUCAAGAGCAUACAUUAAUUUUAGGAAUCCUGAUGACAUCCUUCUUUUUAGAGAUCGUUUUGAUGGAUAUAUCUUCCUUGACAGCAAAGGCCUAGAAUAUCCUGCAGUGGUAGAGUUUGCUCCGUUCCAGAAGAUAGCCAAAAAGAAGCUGAGAAAAAAAGAUGCCAAGACUGGAAGCAUCGAAGAUGAUCCAGAAUAUAAGAAGUUUUUAGAAACCUACUGUGUGGAGGAAGAGAAGACCAGUGCCAACCCUGAGACUCUGCUAGGGGAGAUGGAGGCGAAGACAAGAGAGCUCAUUGCUAGAAGAACCACACCUCUUUUGGAAUAUAUUAAAAAUAGAAAAUUAGAAAAGCAGAGAAUUCGAGAGGAGAAGCGAGAAGAACGGAGGAGGAGAGAGUUAGAAAAGAAACGUUUGCGGGAAGAGGAAAAAAGAAGAAGAAGAGAAGAAGAAAGAUGCAAAAAAAAAGAGACAGAUAAACAGAAGAAAAUUGCAGAGAAAGAAGUAAGGAUUAAGCUUCUUAAGAAACCAGAAAAGGGAGAGGAACCAACCACAGAGAAACCAAAAGAAGGAGGAGAGGAGAUUGAUACUGGAGGUGGCAAGCAGGAAUCCUGUGCCCCUGGUGCAGUUGUAAAAGCCAGGCCCGUGGAAGGCUCGCUGGAGGAGCCCCAGGAGAUGUCACACAGCGGCAGUGAUAAAGAGCCCAGGGAUGUGGAGAGAUCUCAAGAACAAGAAUCUGAAGCACAAAGACACCAUGUGGAUGACGGCAGGAGGCACAGAGCUCACCACGAGCCUGACCGGCUUUCCAGAAGGAGUGAGGAUGAGCAGAGAUGGGGGAAAGGACCUGGCCAAGACAGAGGGAAGAAGGGGAGCCAGGACAGCGGGGCUCCGGGGGAGGCCAUGGAGAGACUGGGAAGAGCGCAGAGGUGUGACGACAGUCCAGCACCCAGAAAAGAGCGACUGGCAAACAAGGACCGGCCAGCCUUGCAGCUGUAUGAUCCAGGAGCUCGCUUCCGAGCGCGAGAGUGUGGCGGAAACAGGAGGAUCUGCAAGGCAGAAGGUUCGGGGACUGGUCCUGAGAAGAGGGAAGAGGCAGAGUGAGUCACUGCACGCACCUGGCCUCCAUGGACGAGCGAGGGCAUCCCAGAAACGUGUAAAUGACCCCGAGUGUGACUGGGAAGGAGAACUUAUUCCUUACCAGGAAACCGGAAGCUAAAAAUACAGAGGGUGACAUAGAUACACGCAGAAACCAUUCUAAAGAAAGUAGUGAUCUUGUAUUAAAUUGAGCAGAAUUCUCACAGAUUUUACCAUUCCUGUUAUAAACUAGUAUUUGUUGUUUAGCCAAAACAGAAAAUGAUUUCCACUGGACAGUAGAAAAAUAUGUGUAAAAUAGGGAAGAAAGUUAGUAUUGGAUCAGUGUGAGUCCUGAAGCACUUUCAGUGCUGUGAGAACGACAUCCACUUUGGGUUUCAUUCGUUUGUAAGCAGAGGAGCUGUCAGUCACUCGUGCUUCUCGGUGGCCUCUGAGCCAUGGUGUCGAGUGAAGAGUAGUUCUUGUUUGUUACAACCUUUGUGAGUCAGCCAUGCCUGCAAAGUGUGCUGUGUUUUAGUCCUGGUAGGAAUAUUUAUCAGAGUUCACACUAUAUAAAACCCAACAGCUUCAACUAUUGCCCUUUCAACAGUUUUGCCACUGACCGGAUAAAAACGGUUUCAGUCUUUGGAUGGAUGUGUUUGUGGUUUGUAACCAUUACGGUUUAAACCAUGGUUUAAGAAUUUGCCCAAAUAACAGAAAUUUUGUUUGGGAAGGGAUAAACUAGAUAUAGCAUAUAGAGCCUGUUGUUGAGUUUUAGAUACUUUAUUUGUAAAUAACUUAAAAUAGCUUUCUGAAACCGUGCAUUCUGUAGUUUCUUCCUUUCAGUGAAAUUGCUAAAUGUGAAUGUAUUUUUGGCACUGCGAUUUUAACCAUUUAUUAAAUAAAAAUUUUUUUAAAGAA